AGAGAGAGAGAAGGAGAGAUCUUUUGGGAGAGGAGAAAAAAUGGGAAGAGGGAGAGUAGAAUUGAAGAGGAUAGAGAACAAGAUCAAUAGGCAAGUGACGUUUGCAAAGAGAAGGAAUGGUCUUUUGAAGAAAGCAUACGAGCUUUCAGUUCUAUGUGAUGCAGAAGUUGCUCUCAUCAUCUUCUCAAAUAGAGGAAAGCUGUACGAGUUUUGCAGUAGUUCGAGCAUGCUUCGGACACUGGAGAGGUACCAAAAGUGUAACUAUGGAGCACCAGAACCCAAUGUGCCUUCAAGAGAGGCCUUAGCAGUUGAACUUAGUAGCCAGCAGGAGUAUCUCAAGCUUAAGGAGCGUUACGACGCCUUACAGAGAACCCAAAGGAAUCUUUUGGGAGAAGAUCUUGGUCCUCUAAGUACAAAGGAACUUGAGUCACUUGAGAGACAGCUUGAUUCUUCCUUGAAGCAGAUCAGAGCUCUCCGGACACAGUUUAUGCUCGACCAGCUCAACGAUCUUCAGAGUAAGGAACGCAUGCUGACUGAGACCAAUAAAACUCUAAGACUAAGGUUAGCUGAUGGGUAUCAGAUGCCACUCCAGCUGAACCCUAACCAAGAAGAGGUUGAUCACUACGGUCGUCAUCAUCAACACUCCCAAGCUUUCUUCCAGCCUUUGGAAUGUGAACCCAUUCUUCAGAUCGGGUAUCAGGGGCAGCAAGAUGGAAUGGGAGCAGGACCAAGUGUGAAUAAUUACAUGUUGGGUUGAGUCGAUGCUGCUAGUGUCAUUGCAAGGGUGGAUGAACUCAUGAAAGAUCACCAGAAUCUGCUUCUUGGUUUCAGUGUCUUCCUUUCAGCUAACAUGAAUUUUAUAAGGAAGCUUAAGGCAAGGAAUCAGGGCGAUGGUAGUCAUGUAGUUGACUCAGUUCUUCAGAUAUUAAGACUGUACAGAGUGGGAAAAAAAUCCAAAAAUGAGGCGUAUCAGGAGGUCGUUGAACUUGUUCAGGAUCAUGAAGAGUUAGUCAUGGAGCUUUCAGAAAUUUUCAGUGGACUCACUGAUCCAUCAGGGUCAACCUCUACUAGUGAUAGUCAGAUAGCUAAUGACAUUGGAAGACUAAUCGGUAUAGCUACUUUCAGUGCAAGCAUGCAGGACCUCAUGAAAGAUCACGCGAAUCUGUGUCUUGGUUUAAAUGUCUUACUUCCACCUGAGUAUCAUAUAACCAUCCCUCCAGAGGCUAGCACAGAAGUCGAUGCCGCUAGAGUCAUUGCUAGGGUGGAGGAACUCAUGAAAGAUCACUUGCAUCUACUUCUUGGUUUCAGUGUCUUCCUUUCAGCUACAAUGAGUUUUACCACGAAGCUUAAGGCAAGGUUUCAGGGUGAUAGUAGUCAUGUAGUUGACUCAGUUCUUCAGAUAAUGAAAAUGUACGGUGAGGGAAACAAGUCCAGAAAUGAUGCGUAUCAGGAGGUCGUUGCACUUGUUCAGGGUCAUGAAGAUUUACUCAUGGAGCUUUCAGAAAUUUUCGGUGAUCCAUAGAGUCUAGAGAUAGCCAGAUAGCUAAGGAAAGUACUGGAAGACUGUAUAUAAGUAGGAAUGCGUGUGUGUGUUCUUUUUUGAUCGAAGCUUGGGAAGAGCUUAACUCUUUAGAUGGAACUGAAUAAGUAAAAGAGGUCACUGAAUAAGCUCUGUUACUAGAAUAAUAGGAGUCACAUUUG